AUGGCGUCCGAGGCGCCGCUCCCGCUGGCGCCCGAGGGCGCGUGCCCCGCGGCGCCGGCGCACGACGCCCACCAGAGCCUGCUCGUCGUGCUCGUUUUUUCCAACAUGGUGCUCCUCUUCCUCGUCGGCCUGCUGAGCCGGCGCCUCGAGCGCGUCAACGCGAACGUGUCGCGGCUGCUCAAGGCGACGAUCAUGAACGGCGCGCGUCCCGCCGACGCGCCGGCGGCGCCGUCGCCGUCGCCGGCGACGCCGGCGAGCCCGCACGCCGGCGGCGCCGCGUCGCCCGUGCCCGAGUCCCUCGCGCGCGAGCUCGUCAACGGCCACGUGACCAUGCUGAAGAAGACGCUCUCGAACGAGAGCCUCCGCAGCUCGCUCUCCGCGGACGACUUCGCGUCCCUCCAGUACAUGCUCGGCGACGAGGACGGCGUGAACAUGUGA